CGGGGGCCCCGCGCGAUCAUGUGGCUGCUAUGUCUGGCCACCACGGUGCUGCUAGCCUCGGCCGCCUCCCGCGAAGUCUUCACUAACACGUUCCUGGUGCGCUCCAAGCGGGCGCUGCGCCCCGAGGAGGCCCACUCCCUCGCCCUCCAGCACGGCUUCGACAGCCUCGGCCCGGUGCUAGGGUCAGACACGGAAUGGCACUUCGCUCACCGCGGGCUGCCGCACGCGCGGCCGCGCCGCUCCAUCGCGCACUCGCGCCUACUCAAACGACAUCCUCUGGUGCACGCGGCCGUUCAGCAGACAGGGUUCGUGCGGGUGAAAAGGGGGUUUAGACCCCUCCGGCUGCCAGAAACGGAACCGGCGGACGAGCCCCGCGACCCCUAUUUCCCCCUACAGUGGUACCUCAAGAACACGGGACAAAAUGGCGGUAAACCGAAGCUGGAUUUGAACGUGGAAGCGGCGUGGGCGCAGGGUUACACGGGUGUCAACGUCACCACUGCCAUCAUGGAUGAUGGUGUGGAUUACAUGCAUCCGGAUUUAAAAUACAACUACAACGCUGAAGCCUCGUAUGAUUUUAGCAGCAACGACCCAUUUCCUUACCCGCGGUAUACAGAUGAUUGGUUCAACAGUCACGGCACUCGGUGCGCGGGGGAGGUGGCGGCGGCGCGCGACAACGGAGUCUGUGGGGUGGGAGUCGCUUACCACUCCAAAGUUGCUGGUAUAAGGAUGUUGGACCAGCCCUACAUGACGGACCUGAUCGAGGCUAACUCGAUGGGCCACGAGCCGCACAAGAUCCACAUCUACAGCGCGUCCUGGGGGCCGACUGACGACGGCCGGACCGUCGACGGACCCCGGAACGCCACCAUGCGGGCUAUAGUGCGAGGCGUCAAUGAGGGUCGGAACGGUCUCGGCAACAUCUACGUGUGGGCGAGCGGCGACGGCGGCGAGGACGACGACUGCAACUGCGACGGGUACGCCGCCUCCAUGUGGACCGUCUCCAUCAACAGCGCUAUAAACGACGGUCAAAACGCGCACUACGACGAGUCUUGCUCCUCAACGCUGGCCAGCACUUUCAGUAACGGCGCGCGGGACCCCAGCACGGGAGUGGCCACCACAGACCUGUACGGGAAGUGCACCGCCACGCACUCUGGCACCUCCGCCGCGGCACCGGAGGCAGCAGGCGUGUUUGCUCUGGCUUUACAUGCUAACCCUAAUCUGACCUGGCGAGAUAUUCAGCAUCUGACCGUCUUAACUUCCAAAAGAAACUCACUGUACGACGCAAAGGGCCGUUUCCACUGGACGAUGAAUGGCGUGGGUCUGGAGUUCAACCAUCUAUUCGGCUUCGGUGUGCUGGACGCGGGCGCCAUGACCGCGCUGGCCGCCAACUGGCGCUCCGUGCCACCGCGUUAUCACUGUGAAGCUGGCUCCGUUAAUACUCACACCGAGAUCCCAUCCGAGGGCAGCGUGACGCUCCACAUCGAGGCGGGCGCGUGCGCGGGCACGGGGUCGGAGGUGCAGUACCUGGAGCACGUGCAGGCGGUGGUCAGCGCCAACGCCACACGCCGCGGCGACCUCGAGCUGUUCCUCACCAGCCCCAUGGGCACCAGAUCGAUGAUCCUGAGCCGGCGCGCGAACGACGACGACAGCCGCGACGGGUUCACCAAGUGGCCCUUCAUGACCACGCACACCUGGGGCGAGUACCCGCAGGGGACAUGGACUUUGGAGGCGCGGUUCAGCGGCGGCUCCGGGCCCAGUUCCGCAUCAGGCUGGCUGCGCGGCUGGUCGCUGGUGCUGCACGGCACUAGGGCUCCGCCCUACGCCCAGCUCCAGCCCAGCGACCCCCACUCCAAGCUCGCAGUCGUCAAGAAGGCCCACGAGGAUGCCACCAACAAAUAGUCUCUCCGGAUCACAUCUAAAAAUGACCUUUCCUAUUUGUUCACCAAAUUUUACUUUCAUUUUAAACGUGUUUUGAAACGGUUGUUUCCUUAGUUUAUAUUGGUUAAAACUUAUUUCGAAGAUCUGAAAUGGUUGUUUAUUUAGGUUUCUCUUGGUUAAGUUUAGUUUUAGUUCAAACAUGUAUUUAUACGGUUGUUUACUUAGUUUAACUUGAUUUCUUAACAAUGAGUUUAUUUGGCAAUCGACAAAAUGCGAAAGGUUUGACUUCGAAGGUCUUAGCCUAAAUUGAAAAGCCGAAUCUUAAAAUAAGGAAGAGAAUAUUACGUUUUGAACCCUUUUGAGUUAAUUUUCUUUAUUUUAAUAAAGUAGGAAAGUUGCUGUCAUUUUUAGAUUUGCAAGAGGUAUGAUAAAAUGUUUGAAUAUAAAGCGCGUUUCUUCUAAUCAUAUUUACUCUUGGACUAUCUUUGAAAUAAUGAAAAGUUCUCGCUUCAACCAAAGUUUGCUGAACAUUAUAUUUCUCAAAAAUAUACGUGCAGGGGCCAUGAUCUAAAGUAUAAAUAAUAAUUUGCAAAUAAUUAUGCACACGAAAAAAGUGAGUACAAAAUACGUACUUAUAAGUAUUUCCAACAAUAUUCACUACUUCAAAACGAUUGAUCUAUUAAAAAAAAUUGGUACUUAAUUUAUUAUAGAUCUACAAUAUUUUAUGUAUGCCUUUUUUCUGCGAAGAACUUCUGAUAUUUUAAAACAUGCCGAUGUAACCAGCAGAAAGGUACACCUAGAGACUAAUUAUUAUUUGUUUAUUUAGCGACACGAAAAUAGCAAAAAAGUUUCC